AUGGAUAAAAAUCCCAAAAAGGAGAAGAAGAAGAGGGUCAAGUUUGCGCUGUGUUCUUCAGUGGAUGUGCUGGACUCGUCUAGUGCAGCUCCUGAAGACAGUGACAAACCACCCUCCUCUUCCUCCUCUUCCUCCUCAGGCAAACGCAGAUUUCACGGUCUGCGGCGCUUUUUUGGCAGAAUGCUGUCAUUCUGUCACAUGUCCGCAUCUUCUGAGCAGGAUAAGACGUCUUCCAUCCAGACUCAGAAGACCAGCGACCAGGAGAAAGAAGCAGUCGGAGCAGUAGUUGUAGACGGUUCUUCGUCACCUGCAGAUGUCAGAUCCUCAGAACAAAAACCGUCUGAGCUGCCGACUGUGAUUCAGGAGACUGAAACCAUCACAGAUGUCAGAUCCUCAGAACAAAAACCGUCUGAGCUGCCGACUGUGAUUCAGGAGACUGAACCCAUCACAGGAAACACGUGCUAUAUGAACUCCGUCAUUCAGUGCCUCCUCAGCGUUUCCCCCUUUCGGGAAGAUUUGCUCUCCCAGCAGGAGAAUCACAAAGACGACGCCAAGCUGCUCAGAGCGUUAACCGACCUGCAUAUGAGCCGGAUGGACGGCAGUGACUCCGAUCUGAAGGAAACACACUUGGCUAAAGAUGCACAUGAGUUCCUCAUGGCUUGUCUGUCCUGUCUGAAAGAAGAAAGCAUGACCUUGAAAUCGUCUCAUCCCUCAUACACGUGCCCCGUGUCCAGUAUGGAGUUCAAGCUUAAAAGCGAGCGCACCUGCAACAGCUGUGGCGUCAAGAAGAGUUUCGCAGAGGAGUCAAACUGCCUCUCGCUGGUCAUUGGCCCUCAUGCGAGUCUCACAGACAGUCUGCAUCAGUACAUGAACGCACCAUUCGUUGAUUGCGUUUGCAGUCUGUGUGGUGGACCGCAGGCCUCUGAGACCCUGAAGUUUCUCACUCUUCCUCGGGUCCUGGUCGUUCUGGUGCAGCGCUUUGACUUCACAUCCUCCAUGAUCAAGCUGAAGAAUCGACUGGAGAUUCCCGAGGAGCUGACGCUGUCCUGUGUUAAAGGACACUACAUCAGUCAGAUCCGUGAGUGCAGUGAGGAUGGAUGGCUGCGGUGCAGCGACGCGUCUGUCAGAAGAAGCAGCUGGACCGAGGUGUCCGAGGACGUCGGGGCCAACGGAUACUUGCUGUUUUAUGUCAAGAGCUGA